GUGUGUUCUCCGGAAACAAAAUACCGUGCGCUCGUUCUAACCUUUAAAUUUUCUAUUUUAUUUUCUCACUUGAUUUUGUCAUUGUUGUUGUCGUUUUUCGUCGAGCGAGUUUACGUUACUUUCACACAUGCCGCACGACAAGAAAACCACGCGGCGAAGCCGAUCCCGCGAGCGCGACCGGGAACGCGAGCGCGAUCGGGAACGACGCGAGCGUCGGCGCACCAGAAGUCGAUCCAAGGAUCGCAAGAAGGACAGAAAGCGAUCGAGAUCGAGAGAACGGUCACGGGAGCGCGAUAGAUCGCGGGAGAGAGAGCGGGAACGUCGCGAUAUCAAAGACAGAUCCAAAGACGAAAAGAAACGCAAGAGCAGUCCGACGCCUACGAACGAGGAUGACGUGAAGAAGGAUUUGAAGAACGAUGUCAAGAAAGAGGAGGAAGAAGCGGAGGAAAAGUCGAAGUCAUCAUUGCCGAAGAAGGAGCCGUUAAGUCUGGAGGAGUUGCUGGCAAAGAAGAAGGCGGAAGAGGAGGCGCGAGCCAAACCGAAGUUCCUUACCAAGGAGGAACGUGCGGCUUUGGCAUUGGAAAAGCGUCAGCAGGAAGUCGAGGCGAUAAGGAAGCAGCAAGAGGAGGAACGAAAACUUUUGUUCCAUUCCGACAAUAAAGAAAGAGAUUGGGACGAUAGAGACAGAAGAAGGGAUGUGCAGCGUUCGCGCGAAGACGAGAUUAAGGAUAAGGAUAAAGAGAAGGAAGUAGAGGCUAUCAAAGAACGAUAUCUAGGUCUGGUAAAGAAAAAACGAAGAGUCAGAAGAUUAAAUGACCGAAAGUUUGUUUUUGAUUGGGAUACUUCGGAAGACACGUCGGUGGAUUACAAUAGUAUUUACAAGGAAAGACAUCAGGUGCAGUUCUUUGGAAGAGGUAAUCUGGCAGGUAUCGACAUUAAAGCCCAGAAGAGGGAUCAGAGCAAAUUUUACGGCGAAUUGCUGGAGAAGAGACGCACAGAGGCUGAGAAGGAGCAAGAGAAAAUGAGAUUGAAGAAAGUGAAGAGGAAAGAGGAGAAGCAGAAAUGGGACGAUCGACACUGGUCCGAAAAGGCUCUCAAUGAAAUGACGGAACGUGAUUGGCGUAUCUUUCGAGAGGACUAUAAUAUUACAAUUAAGGGAGGUCGUAUUCCCGAUCCUAUUCGAUCUUGGAAAGAGUCCGGGUUUCCAAAAGAAAUACUGGACAUUAUUGACAAAGUGGGUUAUAAAGAUCUGACGCCUAUCCAGAGGCAGGCAAUUCCAAUUGGGUUACAAAAUCGAGAUAUCAUCGGUGUCGCCGAAACCGGUUCGGGAAAGACGCUGGCCUUCCUGAUUCCUCUGUUACUGUGGAUCACUAGUCUGCCAAAAAUCGAGAGACUCGAGGAGGCGGACCAAGGACCUUAUAGCAUUAUCUUGGCACCCACACGUGAGUUAGCACAACAAAUAGAAGAAGAAACAAACAAAUUCGGUCAGCCGUUAGGAAUUCGAACAGUUGUCGUAGUUGGUGGUCUUUCAAGGGAGGAACAAGGCUUUAGAUUGCGGAUGGGUUGCGAGAUUGUUAUCGCUACACCUGGACGAUUAAUAGACGUUUUAGAAAAUCGAUAUCUCGUAUUAAAUCAAUGUACUUAUAUUGUGUUGGACGAAGCCGAUCGUAUGAUAGACAUGGGUUUCGAACCGGAUGUUCAAAAAAUUCUGGAAUACAUGCCUGUGACGAAUCUAAAACCGGACAAUGAAGAUGCCGAAAACGAGGAGAAACUUUUGGCUAAUUAUAAUACGAAGAAGAAAUACAGACAAACGGUGAUGUUCACUGCCACAAUGCCACCGGCUGUCGAGCGACUUGCUCGAACUUACUUAAGAAGACCAGCGGUUGUGUACAUUGGCAGCGUUGGUAAACCAACAGAACGUACUGAGCAAAUAGUGCACAUAAUGGGCGAAGCUGACAAACGAAAGAAACUUAUGGAGAUACUGAGUAGAGGCGUCGAGCCGCCCGUCAUCAUAUUUGUGAAUCAGAAGAAAGGUGCAGAUGUCUUGGCAAGAGGCUUGGAAAAACUGGGAUACAAUGCCUGUACGUUGCACGGUGGCAAAGGUCAGGAACAACGAGAAUACGCGCUUGCAUCUCUCAAAAGCGGAACCAAAGACAUAUUGGUGGCGACGGAUGUUGCGGGACGUGGUAUCGACAUCAAGGAUGUAUCAAUGGUUAUCAAUUACGACAUGGCUAAAACUAUUGAAGAUUACACGCACAGAAUUGGUCGAACGGGCCGCGCUGGCAAAGCUGGUCUUGCUAUAUCUUUCUGUACGAAGGAUGAUAGUCAUCUGUUUUAUGAUCUCAAGCAGACUAUUCUUGCUAGCCCGAUAUCUACGUGUCCACCGGAGCUACUCAAUCAUCCGGACGCCCAACAUAAACCCGGGACGGUGGUGACGAAAAAACGACGAGAGGAAAAGAUUUUUGCUUAAUCUUUUUGGCGAAUAAUUCGUUAAA